GGACCAAGUACAACAAGAAAAGGGAAUUCACGGGAACACUCAAAAAAGUUUACAAGCCCGGAAGAAAUUACUUUUCAGCUGACUACUGACUUUCCCAUUGAAUCAUCAACAAACGGACUUCGUCGCUUUAACACGUGAUUGAAGCUACAUCUUUCAGGAGAAAAUUGGAUCAACUGAGAGACAACUAUUGACAAGGCUAACACAGACCAUCUAACCUUCCAUCCUUUCCAAACUGAAACUGUAAUCAAUCCGUUUACGCUAACUUGUCACGUUGAUAUUGGACACUAGUUUGGACGUGUUUUUGUCGACAAAAUUCAAACCUGAAGAUCACACAAAUUUGUCAAAAAGGUUUGUAUUUUGCAGUGGUGCCACAUUCGAAAUCUUUGGGUUUCACAUGUUGGUCCUGGUGAUCGGUGACUUCCACAUUCCUGAUAGGAAACGUUCUUUACAUCCUGCUUUUAAGACUCUUUUAGCUCCUGGAAAAAUACAACAUAUAUUAUGCACGGGAAACCUUACUUCGAAAUAUAUGUAUGACUAUUUAAAACUUAUUUGUGGGGAUGUGCAUGUUGUGAAGGGUGACUUUGAUGAGGCUUUAGAUUUCCCUCUUACAAAGGUUUUAAGCGUUGGAAACUUUAAGAUAGGACUUAUACAUGGACACCAAAUAGUUCCUUGGGGCGACCAAAAAAGUUUAGCUACGCUGCAACGGGAGUUAGAUGUUGAUAUAUUAAUCAGUGGUCAUACUCAUAAGUUUGAAGCCUAUGAAUACGCUGGACACUUUUAUAUCAAUCCUGGUUCUGCUACCGGUGCAUAUAGCCCUUUUGAAAAUAUUUAUUAAUGAAUGUGAUUAAUCAGUAUGUAAAUAGCAUAAGAUCUAAACAACUUGGAUUAAUACACGCUUCGUGCCAGAUAGUGCGUUGUUCAAUAUUAACGAAUCAUAUGCGUAUAUUUCCCUUUUCGGUUCUUUUUUCUGAAUAGAAACCCGCAACCUUCAUUUGUCCUUUUGGAUAUUCAAGAAACCGCGAUACAGUUAUAUGUGUACACUCUUGUCAAUGAUGAACAUAAAGUUUCUCGCAUAGAAUAUCAGAAAAACAAACGUUUGUGACUAUAAACUAAAUGUAUUCAUUGUAUUUAAGUAAUAUCUUGUAAUUUAUUUCUCUUCUUCGCAUUAUAAUGAAAUUGAUUUUGACUACAUACAUCUUUAACUUUUCAGUGUUUAAUUUUAGUGUAAGAGCAGGAGGAAUAGCACAAGUCACUGUAAUCAUGAAUGCGAGCUUUUAUUUAGCGAGUUGACAAUUCAGAGUAAAUCGGCUUCAUUUUUAGCUUUCUGCCUCAAAACCUCCAGAUUAUAUAACCUAUUAUGCAAAAUAAAAACUUUUCCGA